GUCAUGUAUAUGCAUUUUUUGAUUACUCCUUUUUAUGUUCUGUAAUUGUAUAUAAUUGGUACACAUUCUUAUAAACUGUCAUAUUGUUAACACAACUGUCAUAAUUUUGUCCAAACUGUCAUUUAGUUUGUGCUACGUUCCUACCUGUAUAUGCAUUUUUUGAUUUCGCCUUUUUAUGUUCUGUCAUUCAAUGGUACACAUCCUUAUAAACUGUCAUAUUGUUAACAAAACUGUCAUUAUUUUGUCCGAAGUGUCUUUUUUCAUACUGAAAUAUUUCUUUUGCUGCAUUUUUUUAGGAACCUUUUUACCACAAUGGAUCCUAUUUUACUUGUUAUGGUCAAGGUUGACGGUUUUUGGGAUUCUAACAAUGUGUUCAACAAUGUCCACACAUGUGGCCUUCAUGUUAACUAUAAUGUUCAAUAUGCUUCUUUUAUUAACUCUUUGAGUGACAUCCUUUCUCAGUACAAAGCUAAUCAUAAUUUCAGGCUUUCUUAUAUGCGAGAUGGAUUUCCUCCUCCUGUUACUAUAAAUGAUCAAUCUACCUUAACAUUUUAUCUUUAUAUCAAGUCUCUUCAACCAGAUUUUUCAUUGUAUCCACUUUGUGUUGAGUUUUAUCCUGUUUCAUCUUCUCCUGCAUUUUCUAUUGAUGUUGGACCAUCUGCUUCUCCUUGGUCUGAAAAUGUUGUCAUUUCUUCACAACAACAUACCCCUUAUGAUGAGAAUCUUGUUGUUUCUUCUUCCCAUGCUUCACAACAACAUACCACUUAUGAGAAUGUUGUUGUUUCUUCUGCCCAACAACAUUCCUCCUCACCUACACUUUCUUUUGAUGAUGGCCCACCAUUUGGUCAAUAUGAAAAUGUUAUGCUAUCUGGGGUAAGUUGUGGCAAAUCCGAAGAUAUUGUUUCUUGUGGUAACACUGUGUCUGCAACUGUAGAAAAUGAAUCAUCUGAAGACAGUGAUGACAUGUCAGAUGAUAUGUCAGAUGGCCUUUUAACUAAAUCAUCUGACUCAUUCUCAUUUCUCCAAAAUUUUGAAAUCAUCACACAGUCCCAUCCUACUUGUCUUCUUCUCCAUGCUAUUUACAAAAAUAAAAAAGAACUUAUCCACCAUCUGAAGAUGUAUGCUAUCACAAACCACUUCCAAUACAGAACUAAGACAUCCAAGAAAAUAUGUUUGCAUGUUAUUUGCUUAGAUCCAAAAUGUUGUUGGAGUGUUCGAGCUGUAAAACUACAUGGCGUAACAAUGUUUCAAAUCAGAAGAUUCCGGCCAGUUCACACAUGCUCUAUUGAUUACAGACAAGGCAAACAUAGACAGGCAUCUGCUAGUGUGAUAGCAAAUAUUAUUGCACACAAAUACCUUGAUGCUUCCAAUAAACCAUACCCCCCAAAGCAAAUUCGUGAGGACAUGAGUAUGCAGUAUGGAAUUUCCAUGUCUUACAACAAAGCUUGGAAAGCACAGAAGAAAGCAAUGCAGCUGCAAUUUGGUUCUGAUCUUGAAUCCUAUCAGCUUUUGCCUUCAAUGGCUUAUGUGCUUGAGAAAACAAAUCCUGGCUCUAUGUUUAAUCUAGUCACAGGGAAGGAUGAUGCAUUUUCUACCUUUUUUAUGUCAUUCAAACCAUGGAUAGAAGCUUGGCCCUACUGCAGACCUGUUCUUAUAUUGGAUGGUUCUUUCAUGAAGGCUUACUAUAAAGGCACUCUCCUUACAGUUUGUUGCCAAGAUGCCAAUGAUCACAUAGUUCCUAUUGCAUUUGGUAUUUGUGGUUCUGAAACUAAAGCUUCUUGGAAAUGGUUCUUAUCCAAAGUUUGUCAAUCAAUAAAGUACAGACAUGACCUGUACGUAGUAUCUGAUAGGCAUAAAGGGCUUAUCAAGGCCGUUUCUGAACUCUUGCCACAUGCUAGCCACGGUUUUUGUGUUGCUCAUCUUGGUCGUAACAUAACAUCAAAAUUCAGAUGAUCUGCAGCUGGUUUGGGAUGGAAGUUCAAAGCUGCCUAUAUGGCAGCAACUAUGAAAGAAUAUGAUGACUACUUAUCCAUGUUGGAUUCUGAAGACCCCAGGAUAAGGACUUGGCUAGACAAAUUAGGUGCUAACACAUGGUCAAAAGUAAUGUCUGGCCCAAAGAGAUAUAAUAUUAUGACAUCAAAUUGUGCUGAGUCUAUGAACAAAGUCAAUGUCUGUGCUAGAGAGUAUUCUGUGUCUAAACUUGUUGAUUUCUUGCGUGAAAGGAUGCAGCAAUGGUUCACAGAGAGGAAAGAUAAAGCUGAGAAAACAAGUAUUAUACUCACAAAGAAAUGUGAGAAACGCCUGGUAGCUUUGCAAGCUGAAUCCACACGUAUGAAGGUUAAACCAUCAUGUGCAUAUGAAUUUGAAGUUGUUGACAGUAGAUGCAAGUCCUUUGUGGUAAACCUCAACUCUAGAAGUUGUACAUGCGGCCACUUUCGAUUAGAUCAAUUUGUGUGUGUUCAUGCUGUGGCUGCAAUCGGUAUACGCCCACACCUUUCAUGUUAUACGUACAUAUCUCCAUAUUACACAACAGAUGCUUGGCUUGCUACAUGGUCUGGUAUCAUGCAUCCUAUUGCUGAUCCUGACAGUUGGUCAAUUCCUGCUACUAUUCAAAACCAGAGAUGCAAGCCACCAAGUUGUUUGAAGCGUCCUCCUGGUCGCCCUAAGAAAUGCAGGAUUCCAUCCAUUGGAGAAUAUAGAGGUUCAAAACGUCAAAAAUGUUCUAGAUGCCAUGUGCUUGGGCAUAAUAAGAAAACUUGUAGAAAUCCAAUUCCAAUUAAUAUCCAGUGAUGUAGAUUUG